GAGUACAGAGUUCAGAAAUACAGAAGUGCGACGUCAACAUGUUUUGACGUCCAGUUGCAUGUAACUUCUCUAUCAGCACAACUUUCCAAUCACUUUCUUUUGCCUUGUCCAAAUUACUGCAGCACAAAAACAUGUCUGCGGUAACAUGUCGGUCUUUUCUGUUCCUGGUUGUGUGGCUGACAGGGGCUAACAGCCACCUGUUGAAAUUUGAGGAUUGUGGUUCCGUGAAGGGAAGAGUUAUUCAGGUGGACUUUGUGCCGUGCGGCUACCUCAAUAUUGAGUUCAGCAUGCUCGAGACUGUGCAGAACGCCACCAUACUGAUGAACCAGAUUGUGGAAGGAAAGCCGGAGCCUGCUCCACUACCGUACAUCUACGCUUGUAACCAGUACGACUUCUACGGCCUGACGUGUCCUCUUCAUACCGGGGGACGGUACAACUUCAGUCUGGACCUGGCGCAGGAAGAGCCAGAGUUCCACCUGAAGGGGAGGUUCACCCUGAAGGACCUGCCUGGGCAUGUCAUUUUCUGCAGCCAGUUCAACUUCUGGUUCUGCUGAGGACAAGCUCGGCUCUAUUGUUGCAAAAUAUCGGCAUGAAAGAAUGUUAUAUAUGGCUAAUCAUGACUGCUUUCAUUAGGCUCUCAGAGCAUACAAAUUGGAAUCUUCAUCGUUGUACAAGAAUAUAUUUUUUUGAUGUGAGAAAAUGGACUGUGCAUUCACCUUUAAUUGCAUUAAAUACAAGACUAAGUCUUUGCUAAUCAAAUGUUAACAACUAACCAAUUUAUUGGUCAUUAUGCUUUGGUACAUCUAACAUUUGCUUUGUAAUUGUUUAUCUACCAUUUACCACUCUCUAGCCAAUAGGUCCCUCAAACUCUGUAAGUAUAGAGUUUUUCCACAGCUUUUUACUCUGUGUAUGUAAUAAAUGUAUCAUGACAAUUUCCUGGUAUAUCUCAAUUCGUCUAUUGCAAAUCAUAAUUUGGUCACAAUUCCACUUUAUUCAAGAUACAUGAAUACAUGCACUGAAACGGGUAAAUUCUUUCAUAAUAAAGUGACAGUCAAGUGCCUAAAAAUCACAUUCUAGAGAAUGAUUUACCCAAUCAAUGACUAAAAAUAACAUGUCAUGGCCAUCUAUAAUGUCCCUGAGAAACUGACUAAGAACUAUCAUUGGCUCAACCCGGGUUGGUUUGAAUUAUCAACCAUGAUCUGCUAUGAAAAGUAUACACAUGUUGUAUACACUAUGUUUACUGUUAUUUCUUAUGACUUAGUGUAAAAAGCCUAUCAUCUACUUCAGGCUGAUUUGUCACAUGUAAAAUGGAAUUUUCUCAAGUUUUGACAUUUCCUGAAUUAUAUACACUAUUUACACAUUUGCCUAAGGUUUUGAAGAAUUUUGUAUUUGCAUAACAAUAAAAUGGCUACUCUUGUCAGUGAAUCUGACCAAGUCCUAAUACCGCUAACUCCUGUAUUUGGUCUCCUGCCUGUGAAUUCUCAAUCAACUGCAAAUCUGCUACUUUUCACAUAAAAAGAAGACACAUAAAUUGUGCAAAGUUGUCAUUAUUAUCAAAUACUCCUAUCUAAUGUAGUGGAACUAUAUUUAAAAAA